AUGCACCCAGAUCACGCCCUUUUUCUCCGAGUGCCAUCAUUGACAAAUAGUUGUGAUGUGUGCCACCAAGAUUGCAGGAGAUCCUUCUUCUACCGUUGUUCCACCUGCGAUUUUGACAUCGAUAUCAAAUGUGUUUCUCGUUGGCGAAUUAGUGCUGACGACUGCCAUCAACACGGACUCUUUCCCACGCGGAGGCAGAUCCAGUUCACUUGCGAAGCCUGUGCGGAGGAAAGCAAGGGUAUCGCAUACCAAUGCAGCGUUUGCCGAGUCUUGAUUCAUUGGAAAUGUGCUCUAUUUCCACACACCAUCAAAACUACGACACACGAUCACUCCCUCACUCGCACCUAUUCUCUUCGUCAAGUAAAGCAACAAGACAACGUAUUUUGCAAACUCUGUCAUAAAAAGGUGAAUACGGAGUAUGCUGCUUAUUAUUGUCGUAAAUGUGAUUACAUUGCUCACUUGAAUUGUGCAUAUUGGUUCAAAGACUCUAGUUCGACGAUUGAGUCAAUGGCUAAUAAUUCUGUUGACUCUGCAAUUGGUUUGAUUCAUUUGGUAGAGGGGAUCAAUCUAGAAGAGGAUGAAAGAGCUGGCCCCCGGGAGAUCAAACAUUUCAAUCAUCCACAACAUGACUUAAUCCUUACCGAUGAAAAUCUCAUGAAGGACAAACGUUGCGAGGCGUGUAUGCAAUUUAUAAUUUUUGUCCCGUUUUAUGGUUGUGUGCAACGCAACUACUUUCUUCAUAAUAGGUGUGCUAAAGUACUACCCUCAACGAUUAAGCGAGGGCUAUUUCAAGAACAUCGACUCACCCUCAAUGCAUCUAGAUGGUUCAUGUGUAGUGCUUGUAGAUAUAUUUCGCCAUGGCUUCACCUACAAAUGUGA